AUGUGUUACCCGGGUAAACAACAAUGGCGCUACACCAUAAUUAAGUAGCACGAACAGCUAAUGAGAGAUUUGCAUAAAUUAUUGACAGGCAUUUUAAAGUUUACUUCUGAGCUUUGCUUUGAAACGUCGGAUUAUCUACAUUUAUGUCCAAUGAGUUAUCUAUUUAAGUCUUCAGUUAAUUCCUUCAUAGCCGACCCAUCAACCCUAAUUAAUCAGAUUAAAGCAGACCGGAAUGUGUCCUAGCUGUACGGCGAUGUUAAGCAGCCAACACCCUCCACUUCCACCCCAGCAGGACUUUCAUCACCGUACUCACCAGCUGGUGCCGGGCAUCAAGGCGACCAACGCCAUGAGGAACUUGGAGGAAGGCGAGGGUUACGUGGGGGACGGGAUGCUGCGGAAACCUUCCAGGCUUGAGCAGAUGAGGUCCGAGUACCAGAAGAUGCUGCUGAAGAAGAAGGAGGAGAAAAUGCUGCAGGUGUAUGAAGAGAACCAGAAGAGGACUACCAUGAGAGCUGCCAGGGCUGGCAGCGGAGGUGGUUACAAUGCUAUUGCUACUCGCCAAGGAAACGUCCGAGAAUUUUUUAACGAGCGACGCAGACUGGCAGCUAACGGGAUGCCUGUUCCAGCUAUAGAUAAUCAUUAUCGGCAAGUCAAAGGGCAUUCUUCUCCCGCGGACUGGUCCAGCAGAACGGGCAGUGGCAGCAGCAUCAAAACUCAAAAAUCCAGCGCUGGCAGAGAUCGCGCCCACCCCCUAGCACCAAUACAGCGCGCCCAAGACCAUAGUGACUCAGGAAUCCAAAACGGCAGAUCUGGAAUACCCUUACGCAGACAGACAAACGAUCAAGGAGACGGCAAUCCGUUUGAUGACAAGCCCAAAAUGGUCAAGCACCCUCCGCUUCCGGUAAAAAAUUAUCACGUGGACAACAACAACAAUGGCGGAGUCAAAGCAUCUGCUCUACCACGGUUCAAUCCAAGCAACAGGACGCAAUCCCACCCCAACCUAGCUAGAUCCCCACAGGUCAACCGUAAAAUUUCAUCAGAGGAGCCGGUUUUAGGCGGUAAGAUGACAGAGUUUCAGAAGUGGCAGAUGGAACAGAACAAAGCAAGAGAAAACAGGCUGCGAAAACUGAACCACCGCCAGCACGAGGAAGACAAUGAGGGAGCUUGGCCUGACCCAGAAGAUGACCCACGAUUCGCUGGCGGCCUUCCGGUGGACGAUGAGCAGGAUGACGAAAACAGCGCAGCUAACGCUAAGAUCAAAGAAUUGGAAAGACAACUUCUGGAAAAGAUUGCUAAAGAGCAGUCCGAGCUAAAAAGAAUUCAGAUGGAGAGAAAGAAAGAGGAGGACGAGGAGAAAAAAGAGAUUGAACGACAGAAAAAGAAAGAGGCAGCCGAGAGAGCAAGGCUUAAGAAAUUGGAAGACGAUAGAAAGAAAGAGGAAGCGCGGCGCCGGCAGCAAGACGAGGAAAAUGAAAAAUUGGAAAUGGAAAGAGAAGCGAAGCGGAAGAUGGUUGAGGAGCAACAGAGAAAGGGGAGGACCUCAAAAAUGGAAGAAAGAAAUAAGUUAAAGACAAUAGAUCAAAGACUGAAAGAGGAGUUCGAUGAUGAAGAGGAAAAUGAAAAGCAGUUCAAGAAAUUUCAGCCCCGUCCACCCGAUAAAGUCAGCAGCCCUGCGAAGAGGUUCGAUCCCAACCCUUCCAGAUCGAAGGCAUCGGUGCACGACCAAGAUGACAACCAGCCGCCGACAUCUGACGCUAAUUACUAUCUCAGUGCAGCGGCGUCUUCGGAUGCCAAUGGCUCGGUGGGCCGCCUGGAGAAGUGUAGCUUGUGUGGUCGCUCGUUCGCACCUGAUCGUCUGGGAAAACACGAGAAAGCCUGCAUGAAGGCCAACAAACCCAGGAAGGAGUUUGAUUCCUCCAAGAAAAGAGUUGAAGGCACGGAACUAGCCAAAUAUGCUGGGAAAGCUAAAAGGCCAGAUCCUCCGAAGAAAAAAUCUAACUGGCGUACCCAGCAUCAGAACUUCAUCGAGUCUCUCAGAUACGCCAAAAAAGUAACUCAGAUCGAGAAAGAAGGCGGGGACUUAAGAAAUCUGGCACCGCCUCCUCGCACCAUUGACCCUGACCUUGUUCCAUGUCCUCACUGUGGCCGGAAGUUCAAUGAGACGGCUGCUGAACGUCACAUCCCAAGAUGCAAGGACUUGAAAACACGGCCCCCUCCCAUAAAUACCAGACGAAAGUAGUCCUUAAAAGAAAAAUCUCAAAUUAAAAACAACAACAAAACUAACUUCUAUAGCUAUUGUAGGUCUCAUUGCCAAUAUUUUUGUCUUUAUUUUUUUCCCAACAAAGGGGCAUUGGUUAUCAAUGCGUGUUGGUUUGUUUCAAAUUAUUUUAACAAAAUGAAAGUAUAAAAAAGGUAAAGAAUUUAAAAAAAAACACUUUUUAAUAAAAAAAAACAACUUUUUAAAUAAUCAGUAUUACAAUAAGACUUUGGUAAAAGAGGCCUUCAUUUAGAUCUACGUAGCCUACUACCAAUUUGUUUAAAAGAGCCAAUUUGAAAGCUAUGGGCUCUAUGAAAAAUAUUUUAAAAUAUCAAUUAGCAUCUGACAUAUGGAUUUAUUUACACUUAGUCGAUUUGAAAGUGUUUUCCCAAAGUUUUUUUACACCAGAAUAUGAAUGGAUUUUUAAAACUGUGAUGAAGUUUUGUGUCUAGGAAGGAAGAUUUUAAAUAGUCCUUCUUUUCGUCAUCUCUAAUGAAUUUUAAAGAUUAUAUUAUGUCGUAUAUUUUUAAUUGUUUAAAUUGAUAUUAUAUCUUUUUGAAUGUAAGAAUAAGUGUUUUUUUUAAGUAUUGAAAAACAAAAAAUAAAAUACUCUAGUCACUAUGGAACGAAUGAAUCCUAUUAAAUUAGAUCAAGCAUGAUAGCUUUGUCUUGGCAAAUAUGGCUGCAAUGUGUUUUCCUUUAUUUACAUUUUAACUGUGUUGCUAUGGUAACAUUGCAUAUAGGCCUACUGAUCGUUUAACCAAAGAGGAGACAAAUCAAAAUUUUAUUGUAGAAUAACUUUUUUUUUAACAUUCGGGCGGAGGAGAAGAGUGCAAGGGGCAAUGAAUCACCGAUAAGCCCAACAUUUGAAUAGAAGACGUAAUUUUCGCUAGUCUUAACUUCACUGUCAACAGAUGUCAUUUGAAAGUCAUUACACUUGUAGGAGCUAUUUUAUAUCUUUUUUUUAAUAAUAUUUCAAAAAUGAACUUAAUCAAAUGUAUUAAAAGAAAAAAAAAAAUCAGUUUUGGCCCUUGUCAGCGUCCUGUGCAAGUUGAACUGCGGUUCAAUGUUGAAGCUAAUUAUGUACAAAUUAAUAAUAAAAUGAGCCUUGAGACGCCUUGUGUAUAAUCUAGUAAAAGACUUAGAUCUAUUUUCAAAGUAUCUUAUCCUUAAGGAAAGAAGACUUGAGAUGGUCUCGUUGUUAUUUUUGCGCUACCUUCAUCCAGCCAGCUUCGUGAUGCUGAACUUAACGACUUUUUUUGCAGUUUGUUCCGUGGGAAAGAAGCGCGACGUUCUCAUCUGCUCCUCACAACGUGUUGGUUAUGCUGGGUUUAUAGAGGCAGUAACAUCUGUCUGACAAUCUCUAAUAGCAGAGGAGUAUAAAUAUUGGGUGUAUUCUAUUUAGAUCAUAAUUUAAAUUUGUUUAGAUUUAGUGGCCUAUAAAUGUUUCCACUUUCCUUGCUUGACCCUUAAAUAUAUGCAUGCAGGUAAUGUAGAUAUUGUCUCUUAGAUUUUAUAUGAGAUUUUUAGUGGCCCCCGAAAGGGGAAAUGACGCGAUUAGUUUUGUGUGGCCUGUCCGUCCGUCCGUCCCCUUUAUAUCUCAGAAACUAGAAGAGAAACUGAAAAUCGGACAUCAUGAUAAUUUAGAUCAUUCAAAGUUCUGAUGCAACGGCAACUUUUUUUCUUUUCCGAAAGUGAACCAUCUAAUUUUUAAAAUUAUAUAUGCAAGCAGAUAAAAAAAAAAUACACCACUUUUCAAUGAAAAACUUCAGGGGAGGUAACUUUUAAAAAAAUGUCAUGGACUUCUUCAUGAAUAAAUCAAACUUCAUUCAUAAAUUCGCGCAUUGGCACAAAAAAUUUGCAUCUAAGGUCACAUAAAAUAUAUUUUCCAUUUAUUAACUAACUCAUUGAAUAGAAUACUGAUUCAAAUGUUGUUUUUAAAAUCGAUAUUAGAUAUGUACUUCAUUUUAUAGCGCGCAGUUUUGACAUAUCCUCAUUAUACAUAUUUUGACAGUCUAAAUAUGAAUAUAUAGAGCCCAGAUCUAGACAUAUUUGUAAUAAAUGUAUUAAUAAUUUGAACAAAAUUGUAAUUAUUAAUGCAGAUUUAUUUAUUAUGUAAACAACAGUAUCACAUUAAGAAAUGAAUCCGAUACGAACAGCAUAGUACACCAUUAGCAUUAGUAAUGGCAUUACCCGGUAACAAAUGAUCAUAACAUUGGCCUAGGUCUAGUAAUUUUAAGAUUAAACGUGUAAAUUCAUACGAGUUCUAGUCUAGAUAUAGUAGAUUCUAUAUUAGAUCUAUGUCUAGUUUGUAUGACAAUGGAGAUAUUAAUUUUUAUUUUGCUAGGGGAAUGUCUAGUCGAAGAAGACCUACUCCAAGUCUUUCAAGUCAUUUCUAGCUAGCUCACUACCUAGCUAAAAUAGGUCAAAAUUUUUUUUUCGUGUUGCCAAUUUAUAUAAUUUUGUAAGAAGAAUAAAUCUUUUUUAGUUUCUCUUUAUUCCAUGUAACGUGUUAUUAAUUUUGAAUGUAUGGAUAAGUUUAAUAAUUAUUAUUUUAAGUGUACGCUAAAUGAAUAUUUGGAGAUGCUAUGGCUGAGUGGUAAAGCACUUGGAACCAUCAGAAGUCCCGUGUUCGAAUUCUGGUGAAGACUCUAUAGGUAGACCACUUCGGGGAUCGAUUUUGAGUUUGUGUUUCCACACAAACUGUCUUUGUAACCUUGUUAAAUUUUCUUUUUUGAAGUGAUGUUAUCAGAUAUUUUUGUUUUCUCAGUUAUAAGCCAAUGAUUUACUUAUUUAAAAAAAACUCUCUCUCUCUCUCUCUCUCUCUCUCGCUCACACACACACUUACACACACACAUGUAGGUCUUCCUUCGUGGUCGAAGAUGAGCACCACAUUUCUCAUUUCCUAUGACAGUCAAGUCCAAUCGUCGCUGUAAAAGCCGUCGGCAUACGUGGCAUGGGUAAGUUGGGUCAAUUCAGACAGAACUGCUUCUUCUCUCAGCUUUUUGUUGGCUCUGCGUUCUUUCAUGCUGGCUUGUCUCCUAGCUUCGUAUCUCGUGACUCAGACACUCACGGCUUCAUGCCACGAGGAGCGAUCGAGAGCUAGUGUUUCCCACACUCACACUCACACACUAUUUGCAAUGCCAUUUCAGUUAUUUUAAGCAUGGCAAGAUUAAUAUAACAGUGCAAGCGGGGGACAUAAAAAACAAUGCUUCCUAUGCACCAUCUAAUAAAAGGUCACCAAAGUUAUGUUUUAGUCGUAAUUUAAAGGAAAAUGACAGAGUGUUACGUGGCUAGGAAAACUACAAGAGUGACCUACAUGUUGUUGCCACAUCGCCCACAGAUGAGUCCGUUAUCUCUUGUUUGGUUCCAUAUUCAAUUAUACUUUCGUGCUCUGCGACAACUUUUCUGUGUAAUCAGUUUCAUUACAAAUGUUUCAGUUGUCCUAGUUUCAUAGAAAACCUUUGGGUGACCUUGACCUCUUAGUAAUUUAUUGUUAAUGUUAUAUCUUAAAAAAAAAAAAAAACUACACUAACAUUUGUGAAAA